AUGUCCUGCAGCGUCUCUCGUCGUGUGACGAAGGUAUUGGUAUCGUGUGGUACCUUGUCCGCAAUCACGCUGCCGGUGAUUUGGUUCUGCGCUUACCAGUGGAAGUACCAUGUAGAGCGCAUGAGUUACCUCCCCCCGGUUAUCAACCUGGUUUUGUACGUCCUGCUGAUUCUGGAGUUCCUUGUCAUGACGUUGAGCAACCCGGGCGUUUUGAAGAAGAAACAUUUCCCCGCCCAAACGUAUAACCACAUGACUGGGACCUAUCGGCGAGUGGCACCGCAGCGGUUUCUGGAGAUACAGAUCAACGGGCAGAUCAUCACCACAAAGUAUUGCGUGACCUGCCACAUAUACCGGCCUCCCAGGACCGUCCACUGCUCGAGCUGCGGAGGGUGCGUGCUGCGGUAUGACCACCACUGCCCCUACAUCGGCAACUGCAUCGGUUUCAACAACUACAGGAGGUUCUACUGCUUCGUCAUGACCUGCUGCCUCUACUUCUUGGCCAUGCUGAUAUCGUCCGUCUAUCGUUUCGUCGGUUUCUUCCCGAGACCGUGGGAGAGCUUCGAGAAGGAGGCCGCCGUGUCUAUUUGGACGUUUGUGUCGAUCAUCUGGAACGUGCUGGUGUUUUGGCUGGUUCUGGGCCUGUGCUGCUUCCACAUCCUCAUAAUUUUGAAGGGGCAGAGCACGUACGAUCGCAUCAAGGGCAACUACAUGGGCUUCAACCCGUUCUACCGCGGCUGCAAGCGGAGCCUCGUCGACAUGCUUUUCGUGAGGCAUCGGCUCAUGGAGUUCGUCAACCCAUGGAGCCCCAAACACAGCGCCCAGUAUAUGUUCAGCCCGGGCGCCAUGUUCACCUCCCAGGAGCAGUGCGAGGAGAUGCGCCAGCAAAACGAGGAGUUCGAGGACUCUGCAACCGUCCCGAUGUUGAACACGCACGAGAAGAACACGCUGCAGUACAUCAAGGUCUUCGGAAACGCAGAGUUCACUUUUCUCAACCAGUCAUCAAUAGACUACGAUAUAGUCAGCGAUGCCAGUGUGCGCACUCCCACCGAAGUUUAA